UAAAGGCGUAAUCUAUUCAAUCCGCCGUUUGAUUUUGUCAUCUAUUUUGCCACACUUGCCUUCUUGCUCAUAGUCCAUGGAACUCAUCAACUAAGCAAUAUCAAAGGAUAAGGAAAACAGCAAUUUACAGAACAUGAGCUCCUCACUCAACUUCCAUCUCCAUCUUCAUCUUCCUAAAGCUCUGCCUCCACUCCCCACUCCACCACGUGGCACUUCCUCUCUCUUCAUUGCUUCCAAACACCAACAGCCAUCUCACAAGACCACCUCUUCCCAAUCACUACAUAUGACAUGCAGCGGCAAACAUGACUAUUUCAGCAUGGAGAAACAAGGUGUGGCACUGCACAUAGGAGCAGCACUCUUGGCCUUGGCGGAGCAGCCAGCAUUAGCAGUAACCGGAGAGAAUAAUCACCCAGUAGAACUCACCUGGAUUUUAACACAAGCCGGCAUUGUUUUCUUUUUCUACUUCCUCGUCGCACCGCCAAUAAUCAUGAACUGGCUUAGGAUAAGGUGGUACAGAAGAAAGCUUGGGGAGAUGUAUCUCCAGUUCAUGUUUGUCUUCAUUUUCUUCCCAGCGAUUAUUCUGUGGGCACCAUUUCUCAACUUCAGGAAGUUCCCCAGGGAUCCAUCCUUGAAGUUCCCUUGGUCUGUACCCGAAGAUCCUUCAAAAAUUAGAAAUUCAUACUCUAAGUAUCCAUUUGCCGAACCUGAAGAUUAUGAUUAUCCGUGAAUUUAAGAUCACAAUACAGCACAUCACUUGUGAUUGUAAUUCCGAGACUAAAGUAUACUUCUCCCCAACUGCAUUGUUGUGAAUGUAGAAAUAUACACCUCCUGCUUCUGCUUACAGAA